AUGGCCCGGCCAGAGACAAUAGUCCCAGAGACACCCACAGCGCCCUACCCAAUACACGAGAAACAAUCGAUCAUAUCGGGGUUCGGUCGAGGUUCGGCAGAGUUGGGCAUCCCCACCGCCAACAUCGCCGUGACUCCACAAUUGAACUCUUUGCCAACGGGGAUAUACUACGGCUGGUGCAAAGUUCAUCCUGAUCCCCAGCAAUGCGACCUGACGCACGCGCGACCCGAUGGCAAGACCAUCUUGUUCAACCACGGCAACAAGUUGCAGCAGCUGGAACUUUCCGUGUUCCCCAUGGUGAUGUCGAUUGGGUUGAAUCCUUUCUAUCAUAACAAGGAGAAGGCAGCCGAGAUCCAUAUCAUUCGGCGGUUCGCUAGUGGGGACUUUUACGGGGCCUCGAUUGAGUUUGUCGUUUUGGGGUACGUGAGGCCCGAGUUGGACUAUACUACCAAAGAUGCUUUGAUUGAGGAUAUCCAGUUGGAUAUCCGGAUCGCCAAGGAGAUCUUGGAGAGGGGUGCCUAUGCCAAGUACAAGCACGAUCUCGAGUAG